GCGGUGCCACUCCGGCGCCCAAACGGCGGAGGACGGCAGCUGACUUGGAGGCUGCAUCGCUGGUGGCGUGGGACAAAGCCAAGACCAUGGUUGCCCAGGAUGAUGGUGCUGGACAUGAAGGUGAUGGAUGUGGCCAAGCCAUGGAUAUCGUUGGUGGGGAGGAGGACAUGAUGCUGCAGGCAAUGCUGCUCCAUGAAGCUGAGACCUCGGGUGACGCUGCUGUGGAAAGGCCGGAACUGGUUGCUGGUGGUGGUGGCCUGGCGCCCGUGCCUCUGGCGGAAGCUGAACAACAUGCUGACGCCCCUGCCGCUGACCGUCCUGCUGGCCACGCCUUGCUGCUGACUGAUGAUGCAGACCAAGCUGUGCUGCCGACUGGUGGAGAUUGA